GCAGGAUCCCGUUCACAGUUGCAGGCUCCAGCCAGCAAGCACUCUCACUGUGAGCAGGUAGAGGAGAGGAGGUACCGAGAGUCUCCAGAGUCUCUACUUGUUGAUUCGCCCCAGGAGGGGUGGAUAGGGCAGACUGGGCAUGGUGACGGUCUGUGUGAAAGUGUUGUAUUUUUCAGCAUAUCGCUACGUGGCUCAUGAUGCCUCCAUCAGCUUCCAGCAGAUCGCAGGAGACCUGGACGGACAUAAGAAGUUUUAACGCGUUCACUCUUGAAAUGUUGCUGCUGUCCGUCCAUGAGAUGAAUCGGGAUAUAAGGAAGACACCCACAAGAAGAAGCGAGGAGGGAGCCUGAUGCGGUCAUCUACAGGACCAUGUCUUCUUAAUCUACCUGACUGUAUCUUCCAGUCUUUCCAAGUGACCGUGUGACUUCAGUGAAGAUGAGCAAAGCGGGGUCCCGGUCGGGCACCUCGCUGCCACCGGACACGAUGGACAUCAUCCGCAGCAAGACCCACACCCGCCGGGUAAGACUCAACGUCGGGGGCCUCCUCCACGAAGUCCUGUGGAGGACACUGGACAGGCUGCCCCGCACAAGACUGGGCAAGCUGAAAGACUGCAACACCCAUGACUCUCUCAUGGAGAUAUGCGACGACUACAGCUUGGAUAACAACGAGUACUUUUUCGACAGACACCCCGGCGCCUUCACCUCCAUCCUGAACUUCUACCGCACCGGGAAGUUGCACAUGAUGGAGGAGAUGUGCGCCCUCUCGUUUAGUCAAGAGCUGGACUUCUGGGGCAUCGACGAGAUCUACCUGGAGUCCUGCUGCCAGGCCAGGUAUCACCAGAAGAAGGAGCAGAUGAACGAGGAGCUCAAAAGAGAGGCCGAGAACAUGAGGGAUAGGGAAGGAGAGGAGUUUACAACCACAUGUUGUUCCGAGAAGAGAAGGAAACUCUGGGACCUCUUGGAGAAGCCGAGCUCUUCGUUUGCUGCUAAGAUCCUGGCAGUUGUCUCCAUCCUCUUCAUUGUGUUGUCUACCAUUGCCUUGUCUCUGAACACCCUUCCGGAGCUGCAGGACACCGAUGAGUUUGGGCAGUCCUCAGACAACCCACAAUUGGCCCACGUGGAAGCUGUGUGUAUUGCCUGGUUUACCAUGGAGUACCUGCUUCGCUUCCUUUCCUCACCCAGCAAGUGGAAGUUCUUUAAGGGUCCUCUGAAUAUCAUCGACCUGUUGGCCAUCUUGCCCUACUAUGUCACCAUUUUCCUAACAGAAUCCAACAAGAGUGUGCUGCAAUUUCAGAAUGUCCGUCGAGUGGUUCAGAUUUUCCGAAUCAUGCGUAUCCUGCGUAUUUUGAAGCUGGCUCGUCACUCCACAGGUCUUCAGUCUCUGGGCUUCACUCUUAGGAGGAGCUAUAAUGAGCUGGGCCUGCUCAUCCUUUUCUUGGCCAUGGGCAUCAUGAUCUUCUCCAGUCUGGUCUUCUUUGCAGAAAAGGAUGAAGAGGACACCAAGUUCAAAAGCAUCCCUGCUUCCUUCUGGUGGGCUACCAUUACUAUGACAACAGUAGGCUAUGGAGAUAUCUACCCAAAAACUCUACUGGGAAAGAUAGUUGGAGGUUUGUGCUGCAUCGCUGGAGUACUGGUAAUAGCCUUGCCUAUCCCCAUCAUUGUGAAUAACUUCUCUGAGUUCUACAAGGAGCAAAAGAGGCAGGAGAAAGCCAUCAAAAGAAGGGAGGCUCUGGAGAGGGCCAAGAGAAAUGGUAGCAUUGUCUCUAUGAACCUUAAAGAGGCAUUUGGCCGCAGUGUAGAACUAAUGGAUGUAAUGGUGGAAAACGCUGAUGGAAAGAAGGAGAAGGUUCAUGACAAUCAUGUGUCUCCUAGUCAGCCAAAAGGGGCACUCAAACUCAAGUCACAGAUGAGCCCCAGCAGCCCCAUCAAGACCCUUGAACCAAACUACCAAGAGCAGGCCAAGUCCUCUAGCAGCCCUCAGCAUCUUAGUGCCCAGAAACUGGAAGAGAUGUACAACAAAAUGGCCAAGACCCAGUCACAACCCAACCUCAACAGCAAGGAAAAAGGGUCCAAAGCAGUUAGGCAGAGAGCUGAAUUUGAGAUGGAAAGCAUCCCCGCUGAACCUAUCUCUAGCACAGCAGAAGCAGUUACAGACAUGAGGAGUAUGUCCAGCAUUGACAGCUUCAUCAGCUGUGCCACUGACUUCCCUGAGAGCUCUCGCUUUUCCCACAGCCCUGUCAGCAACAUGCCAGGGAGGGUCAGCACCAACCCCAGCCUGGAGCCCACCUUGGAGAAUGAGCAUGAAGGAUCCCAGGGCAACACUACACCCCAGACAGGACAAAGCACCAAGUCCAGGCCAUAUUCUGACAGCCCCACAGGUCCGCGCUUCAAAAACCCACUAAAAAGCCGCUCACUCAAGGUCAACUUCAGAGGUGGGGAGGAUUCAGGGACAGGGGCCCUCUCGGACAGCUCGUCAGUCCAGAGCCCUGAGGUGUCCGUCUACACAACUGCCAGCAGCAGGACACCCACCAAGACCCCCCCGGAGAAUUUACAGCCCGGCAUCUUCACAUUCCACGAUGCAUCUAUUAAUAAAUUCAUUGAUGCUGACACAGAUGAGGAGGAGCACCUGCAUGACGGUUCAGGCACCAACCCAUCCCAAAGACUCCUGGAAAAAGCCAGCCCCAAGUUUGGCCAUCACUCCAGCUACCAGAAAGGGUCCAACCACACAGAGGGCCUGCAGAGAAAGCUGGGGAACAGCACACUGCCAAUAGAAGGGCAGGAGAACCAUGUGGUCCAGGAACUACAGCCACUUCAGGGAGAGAAGGGUCACUCUAACGCUUAAAGUUACAAUAAAUGAGAGACCACAGAGGAAACAUUAAGGAGAGGAGGAGGCAGACAGGGAAAAAAGAAGCACAGUGAACUGAACUUCCCAUGAAUAUGAAAGGCACUGAAAACAUUUGCAGGAAUAUUUGAAAAAUUACAAUACAAAGUGCAGCUCCCAUGAAAAUACAAUAGUUGUGGACAAUGGGAAAGAUUUUUGUGUUUUGCUACCAAGAACUCCUGAAUAAAUUAAUUUAGCAGAGGACUCUGAUCUGAAGGGGUUUUAAAAAUAGCAAGGAACACCCGUAUGAUAAUUUUUACUAUUUAUACAUUUGUUUUAGCCCAGAUUAUCAUCUAAUAAUUACAGCCUAGUUGUAAGAGUACAGAAUAUAAUUUUUUAUAAGCAAAAACCUAUUUUUCUGACCCUGGAUACCACUUUAAAGCCACUAUAGCAAAAGCUGUCCAAACAGUAGCAAACCACAGAGGGCAUUGAAACAUGGUACUGCAAACUGGGAGACUCAUUCAGCUGAGAUAGUCCAAACAACUAUGUUGUAGUGUGAAGGAGGAACUUACAUUUUUCUUUAAGUCAUGGUUAUCGAUGUGUAAUUAUGACAUUACAAAGGCAACAGUGUGGAAAAAUGUAUAGUUUGCUUCCUUUAACUUCCUUCCUCAAAACUGGCCUUAGUUUAUGUUGUUACCCAUGUUUUAUGUUUGUGUUUGUAUGAGAGAGUUAGACAGACAGACAGAUAGACAGCACAUAUAUAAGUGUGUACAAUGAUCAUCUUUCAUAUACAGUAUAUUUAUUGUUAUGUAGCGUUCUUGGUCUCUUGUCUUAAGUGUGAACUAGAGGAGAAUCAAGUGUGUCAGUCUGUUUCUGUUCCACAGGAGUUUAGUGUCUUGCUCGUCGAUAUUUUUUACUGCACAGAAUACAUUUCGACAACACAGAGAGACACUGUGAGGCUGCAUCCAUCGAUUUCCUUCUUGUUCCCAUUGUGCCCGACUGCUGGCAAGAGAGAGCACCUUAACAUGAUAAUUAUUUUUAUUAUGAACAACUCUUUAUUCUUGUUUGUUUACUUAUUUUGAUUGUUUCUUAAAUGUCUUUGUGUGUUCCUCAGAUUGGUGUACACAGUUUGAAUCUGGAGAAAGUCAAACAAAAGUCUUGUGUUAUUUCAAAACUUUCUCAAAGGAGUUUUGGUGGAGUCAUCAUUCCUAUUGUAGCUGAAAAUCUGAACUUCAUAAAAAAUGACAGUGCUUAUGAGCAUCACUAUAGCUGGACAGACAGCACUGAAAAUCACAAAGAUUUUCUAUGUUGAACCUCCGGUUUUGUAGGAGUGUGAAUAAUGUACAUGUAUAACUACAAAAGUAGAAUAUAACAAGAAAACACAUUUAUUGUACAAGGUAAAGUAUCAAAAUAAUUUAUAUUUUUAAGAUAUUUUCUAAAAUAAUGGACUCUGUUAGACAAAUAUAUUGUGCUAAUCUCAUAGUUUUGCAUUACGAUGUAUGUACUGCAUUAUUUUGAUGGAGUUGCAUUUAUUAGACAAUAUACUGUAGUAGAUAAAUUUGUGUUGUUUGCUACUGUCUCACUGUAAAUGUCUGUUCCUCUAUCCUUUGUGCAAUGUGAAGAACCAAAGAACUGCUCUUUCUGAUAACUCAAAUAGAGGAUAGUAAGUUUUACUGUUUUAUCUCUAAAUGUUAGAAAUGUAAGCAUUCCUUUUCUAAACAGCAGAAUCUGAUAUAUUUCAGGGAGCCAUACUUGCUCAUUCGGCACAAACAUGUAAGCUAGAGAAUGCACAGAUGAGAGGACUGGCCUCAGAAGAAGAAAGCUGUUGACGAGGAAAGAAGAGAGAGGAAAGAAGGAAAAUGAAGAGACAACACGGCACUUUAUUUUACAUCCGUUUCAAAAGAUAAUUUGAUUAUUUACACACUAUGGAUUUGGCAAGUGGUUCGCUUCCAGAAAUCCAAAACAUUAUGCUCAUACGAGUUCACAUGACAUCUCUUACAGACGUAAAGCCACCUCGCAGCUACGUACAGCUCGCCUCUCAAGCACAUGAACAGCAUGCCGGUAUCUUAGGCCACUUUAGUUCAACCAAAUAUCCUGCAGCCUGCUUUUAUGUAAGCACCUGACUCCAGACAUAUUACCAAUCUGUUGUUCAUCAGGUGCUCUCGUGCUCUUUGUUACAUUAAUCACGCAAGCAUGGAACCCUUAUUAACUUUACAACAUAUCAUGCAAGCAUGCUAGAAAGCAUCUAUUUUUAGUAGUGAAUCUUUAUGCUUAAGUAGUAUUUACUCUGUAUGGAUGUUUGCAAGCAUUAGACAUAAUAUGAAUUAGCUAUUUCUGUGCUUUUGCUUUUAACUAACGCCUGCCCCGUAUACUGAAUCUGUCACUGAACCCUGUCUAAUCGAGCCCGAAUGACACUUAAACAAACUGUACAGCAAAUAAACAUGCAGAGAACUGGGUCAUCAAUCUCUCAGACUGCUAUAUUAGGUAUCCACAACUCUCCCUCUAAUGUGUCUCCUGUGCAGUUACACUUAAAUACACCGAACAUUUACAUGAAAAAGGCCCAAUCCACAAAAAACAAACAGGUGCCGACUCACUCAGCAGAGUGAACAACCACUGUUUCCAUGGCAAUGCUUGAGAUGACUGGAUGGCUCACAUUUGAUGCGAGCAAGGAGCCUAAUUUGUACAGAUGGAGUAAUAUAACAUAUAUAUAUAGGUAAUAUAACAGCGUUUGCAUUCUCUUCAUGGAGUCAUUCAGUCAUUCAUUUAUAUAUGUUUGUCCCUCCUCACCUGUGGCCUCAGUCUGCUGAAGACUGAAUUGUUGAAGAAAUUAUGUAAACAGAAAACUUGAUUGUGGGACUUUUCGAAUUAUCAUCCCUUUAUUUCGCUCCCUCUUUUUUAAUAGAAACAUGCACCCGUCUCAGCAAGACAGUGCAUCACCACAGCAAUGUGCGCCUGAAACUAAGGUGCUGUUGCUAUGAUGUAUAUGUUCACUUCAGCCACCUUCUCCCAUGGAGGGAGAGAGUGUGAAAUGUGAAUGGAAUAGGAACAAGUGGUGAGUGACAGAGAGAGCUGUGCAGCAGAGCUGUCAGCCCGAUUACAACUGACAUCCCUAACGAUGGCUGUAGCACUCUGCUCUUUCACUACAUGUCCAACUUCAAGUCUUUAACACAGACAAUACGAUCAUUCAAAACAUCACUAUGUGCGAGCUGUCCCAGCUCUAUUUAGUUCGCUUUAGGAGGUGAAGCAUCCCCUCGGACGGGACAAUUGCCAUCAUAUUCUGUCACUGAGAUGCUAAGUUACACAGCCAGAUUAUGCACAGAGCACUCGUGUGUUUUUCCAUUACAAGGACCAGCCUCAUGCUUGAGUCUUUUGUGCAGAAUGACAAUGCAAAAAUGGCAGUUGAGGAUGUGUUCAUUUCUGUGAUUCUAUAAAUACCAUCCCGGGCAUGCAAAGGGAGGGUCUGGGCCAGCAGGAAAGGCUCAGUUACAGCAAUGUCUUUGGUCAGACGGUGUCAUGGAGUUCUGAGGAAGAAACUUUACAAAACAGUCUGACAAAAGAGAAAAUAUACAGUCACUAGUGUGUGGGAUCUGUUGCAGCCGGGCCCUGCAUCAAAAUGUCAAACUGACAAAUGGUGAUAUGACUUUCACUUGUCAAGGCAUUAGAAACAGAAGAAAAGACUAGAAAGAUAAAAAGGGAGGGUGUCUUACACAGUGAAGAUUCAUUAACAUUCAUCACACAACAGUCAGACAUGCAGUAAAUACUGACACAAUGGACUUACUUCUUUGGACUAUUUAAAUGGUUACAGCUCUUUCCUGGGAAUGUUAAAAAUGUCUUUAUUGCUUUUUAUAUCUUUUCUUUCUUGUUUUCUGAACUGCACUUUAUUGAUUUCUCUAUAUUAAAUCAUCUGCUGUCUAGGGACCAUGCAAAUAAAAAUGUCAACAUACAAAGGUACUCAUUGGUUCCAGUACAAUUUCCAAAAGCACAUGCUAUAAUAAUGUCAUCCUUUGUCCUUUUCUUUAAGCACAAUAUGCCACACUAGAGGUUUAAGCCAAAUACGGACACGGUAAUAUAAUUUUCCAAAUCUUCCCCCAUCUUCAGGGAAUUGAUCACCUCUGUUUAACUCACACAGGUCUGUAUGCUGCCCUUACUGUGUCUGGGGAAAUGUUUGUUUUGUAAAGUUUCAUACUUUGUACCAGUUGACUUUGUAGAAUAUUAUCUUUGUGGUUUCCUGUUGUUCAACGCAUGUAGCGCUAUUAAACUUUGACACACAGAACUUGUAAAUAUCAUCUAAAAAGCUAUAGGAAAAUGUCUAUGAUCUGCAAUUUGGAAGCAAUUUUCUCCUUUUACUGUCUGAUGCUUAAUAAAAGACAACAAUAAAGUG